AUGAUGUCAGACCUCUUUCCAGCGAGCACACCUUCCUACGUGCUUGCCUUUCAAUUUUCAUCAUGGUACCCCACAUUUGCAAAGCACUCUAUCAAAAGCACCAUUGUCCGCCCGCUGUCCGCUGAUUUCCAAGAGUACUUGCAUGCAGAUGGGGUGUUCGUACCGGAAGGCUCUGACAACGUACCGGCAGAGAGCACGCUCUCAGAUGAGGAGGACGCGGUAGAAGAUGACUCUGAAGACGAGGACGCGCAGCCUCGGAGACACUACACUUUCCCAGACCUUGACCAGCGCAUCCGAGAGUGUAUAAAAGAAUACGAGGCGGUCUUCCCCAAGCUCAAUUUUUCCUCGCCAAAGGACGCGUCGUGGCUACUCCCAUCUUCCUCUCCCUUGAAAUGCAUGUCACCUGCGGACGUCUACCUCCUGCUCAAAUCAUCCGAUUUUAUCAAUCACGACUUGAGCACCGAGAGCGUGUUUGAAGGGACGAAAUAUGACCCUUCCUCAUCAAUAUCGCCAACAUACGAACUCGAACUCGUCCUGCGUAAAUGGUACCCCGUCGAUCGAGGACGCGAGCUGAGAUGUUUCGUGAGAGGGGACAAACUCAUCGGCAUAUCGCAGCGCGACGUCAAUUUUUACGAAUUCUGGAACGACACCGACACCCAAGCCAAAGUCGCAUCCGCCGUGAGUGAAUUUUGGGAGACCAACAUCCGUCCUCAUUGGUCGGCCCAACCAGAUUAUGUCUUCGAUUUUCUCCUCACGCGCGAUCUAACGCGGGGGCACAUCAUAGACUUCAACCCCUACAUGCCCAAAACUGACCCUCUCUUGUUCACAUACGAAGAACUUACCGAUAUCUUCGCCUUAUCGUCAUCCACGAAGAAAGACAUACCAGUCCUCAGAGUCAUUGACUCGGCCUCACAUCCGGCAGCGGCGAGCAAUGCCCCCGCCAAUCAGCACAAUAUGCUUCCAGUUGAAGCCAUCAACAUGAGUAGCGGAAGAGACAUAGAAGAAUUUGCAGACCUGUGGAAACAAUCCGUCAAAGAGAGUAGCAGCUAA